AUGGCUCUCCAGCUCGCAUCCCCAACCAGGGAUCUCUUACCAUUUUCCCUUUCUCCUCCAUCUUCUCCGAGCCUCUCUCCAGAUCCUCGUUCUCCACAGACCGCCCUCUUGCCAGCCUCGGAGAUGCACGUCUUUGGCCUCCAGCCACUCGAUCCAGAAUUCGGAAAUGUCAUCUGCACCCACUGUUCAAAGCCUGUCCUCAAGUCUGCAAUCCUCGAACACACUGCAAACUGCAAAAAGAUUCGUCAAGGUGGCGCCGUUAAACCGACAAUCUCAAUCUCCCAGGCCUCGAAUACAUCUGCUGCAGCCUCUUCUGCACUGGCCAGUGGUGCCGACGACCCAAAGAAGAAUGCAAAGAAACGCAAAGCAAGUGACAUGGACGGCCCGGACCUCACCUCGCCUGCUGCAAAGAAACGUGCAAAGCCAACACCCAGGGUGACAAAGGGCAGGAUGAAAGGUCCCGUCGAUGUCGAUAGACAGUGUGGUGUCAUCAACGACAAGGGUCUCCCUUGCUCGAGAUCGCUCACCUGCAAGUCCCACGCAAUGGGCGCCAAACGUGCCGUCGAGGGCCGUUCCAAAUCCUACGAUGAACUCCUCCUCGAAUGGAACCGCGCCCAUAAACCAAACUUUGUCGAACCCGUCAAACGCCAGACCAAGGAGGAGAAAAAGCAACAAAAGGAAAAAGAAAAGGCGGAAAAGUUAAAGGCGAAACAGGCUGAAAAGGAAUCUGCACUCGCUGCUGCACUUGCUGCGGGUGAAAAGCCUAAAAAGAGUGGUGGGUCCAAGAAAAAGGCCAAAGUGGACGCGGCGAUUGAGGUGGCUGUUGAAGAAGAGGUGAUUGCGGAUCCGAUGGAGCAACAGCUAGAGGUGGACAGGCUUGUCAGUGCCGUUCGUACGCUUCGGCAGAGUGGCUAUGGUGCGGCACCCCUUGCUGUUCCUAUGGACGCUCGUUUGUUCUUCAUCAAGCGUCGCGAGCUCGUUGCGUCGUCGAGAGAUUUGUUGACUCAAGCUCUACAAGGCUGGUGA